AUGUUACUUAAUUCAUUGUGUUUUUUAGAAUAUAAAAUUAAUUCAACAACCUCUCUUUUAUACCUAAAUGAAAAUAAAAAAAAAAUUAUUCCAAACUCAAAUAGUAUUUCAAGUAAAAACUCAACAUCUUCUUUUUUUACAAGACCAAAUUUUGUUAAUUUUUAA